AUGGCGACACGGCACGGCGCCACCAACGCGUACGAUGUCGACAUGUAUGAGCGCCAUGUUUUGCUGAGCUGUGCGGGGCAGCAAGUCAUGAUGGCAUGGGAGCGAGAUUACAUGGAGGCGUGCGUCGACGCUCUUGGAAUUACACCAGCCACCGAUGUGUUGGAGAUUGGGUUUGGGUUGGCGUAUUCGGCAACUCGGAUUCAGUCGUACAACCCCAAGUCGCACACGAUCAUCGAGUGUGACCCCGUGUCUUUCGCUGCGCUGCAGGCGUGGUCCAAAUCUCGUGCCAAUGUUGUCGCCGUUCCAGGGUCGUGGCAAUCGAUGCUACCGUCGCUGGGAGCAUUUGACUGCGUUUUCUUCGACGACUACCCCCUGCCCCCAAUCGAGCGCGACGAGUCGAUGUAUUCCCUGUCAAGGUGGCAUGACUUUUUGGAUCUCGCGCUCAACUGGCACGUCCACGUCGGUGGUCGAGUCACGGGGUACUUGGCUCGACCGAUCGACCUGCGUCGCGACGGCUGCGAUGUUGUCAUGACGCCGUUCCAGGUCGACGUGCCAGACAAUUGCACUUACUUUCCGUACCACGCGGCCCUCGUGCCCCUUGUGACUCUGCUAGAACGCAAGCCCAGCAUCACGACAUACGCCUUAUGCCGUCCCUGCGACGCGGACGAAUCGCCUGCAGUCGAGCACAAAGUCGUGACUUCGCACCCGAAACUCAUCGAGCUGCGCCGCCGACUUGACUUACAGAAAUACCACGAGAGCGAGGUCCUGGCAGAGGCAAGUGCUCCUCGCCCCCAGGACCCCCGCGCCCGUGACGUGCCGCGCGACGACUUCAUUCGACAGCUCAAAGCAAUGAAAGCAAAAAAGCUGGCUGCAACCCCCCUCCACGUCGCCGAUGUCGAGAUGGUCUCGUCCGAUGGUAGUGUAACGACUUGAUGUGACGUAGUUCGAUGGGACCGUUGGACGGAUGGGUUCGUGGGUAUGAUGGAUGCAUGGAGUCUCGCGCUCCGGUCGAUCCCAACCAACGCGUCAUGCCU